UGAGAUACCGAGCCGGACGCUUCCUCCCCAGAGCCAGUCGCACCGUCCGUUGCUCCCCAGGUGCCGCUUCCUCCUCUGGGCCCCCAGCACCAUGGGUCCCUCUCCUGCCCUGCUCCUCGCCCUGGGCAUCAUCUGGACUCGCCUCCCAUUCGCUGCUGCUUCAUCCCCCUACUCCAAGCCCUCCAUCUCCCUCAGCCCCAGUGGGGAGAUCGCACCGGGGACGGACAUCACCAUCUCCUGCCACGGGCCGCAGCAGGGCGUGCGGUUCAAGAUGUACCGGGCCGGGGUCGCACGGUGGCACACGGAGCCGGCUGGCUCGACAGCCGAAUUCCGCAUCCCCAACGCUCGGCGGGAGGAUGGGGGCAUCUACACCUGUAGCUACGAGAGCCUGACAGAGCCGCCUGUCAGCUCCCCCCACAGCGACCCCGUGCAGCUGGUGGUAGAAGCGCACUACUCCAAGCCCUCCAUCUCCCUCAGCCCCAGCGGGGAGAUCGCGCCGGGGACGGACGUCACCAUCUCCUGCCGCGGGCCGCGGCAGGGCGUGCGGUUCAAGAUGUACCGGGCCGGGGUCGCACGGUGGCACACGGAGCCAGCCGGCUCGACGGCCGAAUUCCGCAUUCCCAACGUCCGGCGGGAGGACGGGGGCAUCUACACCUGCAGUUAUGAGAGCCUGAGGGAGCCGCCUGUCAGCUCCCCCCACAGCGACCCCGUGCAGCUGGUGGUAGCAGACACUGGCUCUGGUCCCGCAGGGCGAACCGACCCGACUCAGCCUGGAGCAGCGCCGGCUCCCACCCGCCCAGGCAGCACACGGCCAGGACCCCCCCCGAAGCAGGAUUACCCCCCGUUUGCCAUCGUCCGUCUGUCCCUGGCCGCCGGGGUCCUGCUGGCCCUGGUACUGGUCCUAGCCGAAGCCGCAUACAGCUGGAGGAGGACCCCCCACUCGCUGACCCCCCCACGGCCCGGCGGGGAGCGGGGCCGGCAACCCGAGGGACAGACGGAGACCCCAGCGUGGGAACUGCAGCCCCCCCAAAUUCCUGCCCGGUCACUGGGGACAGGGACAGCAGGACACACACACCAGGGGGAACGGGGGGCAGUUAUCGGACCCAUGGGCCCAUCCACAUCAGUAUCCCCGCCCCACUCCCCACCCCAGCCCCCCCAGAUCAGAUCCAUGAGCCCGUCCACAUCGGUAUCCCCGCCCCACUCCCCACCCCAGCCCCCCCAGAUCAGAUCCAUGAGCCCGUCCACAUCGGUAUCCCCGCCCCACUCCCCACCCCAGCCCCCC